AUGUCUCAUCCGCUCCGCCUGCUGGCUCGACAACACCGGCGCUGGCCUCUGCCAGCAGCCCGGCGAAGCUAUUCCGUGCGCGUCCCUGGCGACGGCAGCAGCGACGUCACGACCGUGGCCGAUCUGAAGGAAUGGCAGCCGGGUCGCCUUGUCUCGGAUGUCCAGGUCUGCGGCUGGGUGCGAUCAGUGCGCAAGAGCGCCAGCGUGCGCUUCGUUGACAUCACCGACGGCUCGUCCAUGAGGCCCGUCCAGGCCGUCGUCGACAAGAGCCUGGCCGCCGACAUCCGCCCAGGCGCCGCCGUUCGCCUCACCGGGGUCUGGCACAGUAGCUUCCCUAGAUCCAGCGUCCCAGCUACGGCUGAGCUACGGGUUAACGAGGUGGAAAUCCUCGGCGCAUCUAACCCUCAGACGUAUCCUAUUCAGAACAAGUACCAGACGCCAGAGAGCCUGAGGGCUAUAUCACAUCUCCGUCCGCGAACUCCCCUCAACUCAACCCUGCUCCGGCUGAGGUCAGACGCCAUGGCCCUCGUGAGCCAGUUCUUCUUCCAAGAAAAGUUCCAGCAAACACACCCCCCCAUCAUCACCUCGUCGGACUGCGAGGGUGCUGGGGAGGCAUUUACCGUCAAGAGCGGCUCACCGUCCGAGUUCUUCAGAGACCCAAAGUACCUCACUGUCUCAUCACAGCUCCAUCUGGAGGCUCUAGCCCAGGCGCUGGGCAAUGUCUGGACUCUAUCGCCCACGUUUCGAGCCGAGCAGAGUGACACCUCUCGGCAUCUGAGCGAGUUCUAUAUGCUCGAGGCUGAAAUGAGCUUCGUUCAAGACAUGGAUGAGGUCAUGGAUCUCGCCCAGAGAAUGCUGGCCUCGCUCGCCAGCGGACUCAGGCUGCGAAGCGCCGCACAGGAGCUCGAGAAGCAUCGACUCGACUCUAGAGAUCCUGCCGAACGCCUGGCAUUCGAAGAUCUUGUAGAUCUCAAGGAGCUGCAGCAGCGCUGGAGGGGUCUUAUGGCACCAACCCGAUGGCCUCGAGUGACUUACACAGAGGCCAUUGAGAUCCUCGAACCCGUGGCCCACAAGUUCGAGCACAAGCCCGUCUGGGGCUCGGGGCUCCAGUCGGAGCAUGAAAAGUACCUUGCCGAAAAGAUCGGAUACGACGAAGCGAGCGACGCGUUUCUGCCCAUCUUUGUCACGCACUACCCGCGGGAGAUCAAGGCCUUCUACAUGCUCCAGUCCGAGUCGCCGCCGGCUCAGGGGCCGACUGUCGACUGCUUCGACCUCCUGGUGCCCAAUCUCGGAGAGCUUGCGGGCGGCUCCAUGAGGGAGCACCGGCUUGCCCAGCUCGAAGACAACAUGCGUCUGCACGGGUUGGAGGUCCCGACGCAGCGGAAGGCCAGAUCCAGCGACAUGGGGUGGUACCUGGAUCUGAGACGCUGGGGCUGUCCUCCCCAUGGAGGCUUCGGUCUUGGUUUUGACCGCCUGCUGAGCUAUCUUACUGGUGUGCCCAACGUCCGCGACGUGGUGCCGUUCCCGCGCCAUUUUGAGCGCUGCGAUUGCUAA